CGUGUGAUAAGCCCCUUCGCCAUGUUUUGGUCUAGCUUUCUGUUGUUUAGCUUGCACAUGGUUUAUUAUUUGGCAGGUUGGCAGCGUUUUUUUCUAUUUAAAUGGCGCACACACUUAAGUUUAGGUGUUCGAAAGUCACGUGAUUUGAUUAUAAGAGUAUUAUUUGUAAUAAAAAAUCGUACAUUUACGAAUCCACAGAUACUGAAGGGUUCUUUCAUAAAUUAUAAUGGGAAAGAUUCGCUUACGAUAUUCACUGGUACUUUAAGAGAAUGGCGCUAUAUAGAAAGAGGCUAUAUCGAGGUUCGACUGUAUCUUUAUCGUACGUACAAAGAUAUUAAAAUAAAAGUUUAUAUUCGUGGAGCUAUGAAAAUGCAUAAUAAAUUAAAACGUAAAAUUUGUUUGUCUCUCGAAAUAUUGUUAUAUUUUUGAAAAUAUUGGGGAGAAAUUUGUUUGGCUUGUGUUUUAGAAUUAUUUUAAAUCAAUGGUAUAAGUUCCAGUUAGGGGUAGGAAAAGGAAUUCCUAAAAUUAAUAAAGUUUUAUAAAUUCUACGGACAGCCGAUAAUAAUUGUUGACGCUCGCCAACAAUAACAUUGUUUUUCGAUUGUUGUAUUGAAGCGAGUUAGUUCAUGCGAUUUUCUUUAAAUAUGAGUGAAAAGAAGAGGAGUUUUUGGAGAUGGAUUGGGAGGAUCUUUAGACGAAGACCUCCAAGUGAAGAGAAGAGUGAGAAGAGAGAGGAACAGGGGAAUGAUCGUUUUCAGCAUGCAGAAUUGAGUGAGCUUCCGCCAGAGUCUUCAAAACAUUAUCUCGAACGUGUAGAGCGGAAGAAUCCCAAGAUUUAUUGGGAUAAAGCCAAGACAGCAAGAUUGAGAAAGGCUUUUCUGGAGUACGAAAAGCAGUUGAAGAUGAAAACCAAUUUCGGAGGUCCGUCUGAGAAUCGGAAGUCCAAGAUACGCUGGAAAUACUGUUUCUGUUGCUUUGGCAGAAUGAAAGAAUCCAACGUUGAUGUCUCUUCGGGCAUCUUUCAUCGUUUUAAUAUCUCAUCGAUAUCAGCUUUCUGGACUUCGCAUAGGAGUUCGAAAAGGAAAUUGAGAGACUGAAGUGAGAUCGUCUGGAGCAAUACCUCCUUAGGGCGAACGUCGGUCUUUAGAUUUCCUAAAAGAAAGAUCACUUUAUUGAUUUGUGACGACUCUCGACUGGACAUAAAUACACGAACGUGACUUUAAAUUGCGGACUUGACUUAAACUCCUGGAUAUGACUUUAAAUUGCGGGCUUGACUUGAACUCCUGGAUGUGACUUUAAAUUGCGGACUUGACUUGAACUCCUGAAUGUGACUUUAAAUUCCGAAUGUGUCAAUAGGAUGAUUUAUAAAUUGAUAUCCAAAUAUAAUACAGAAAUCAUUUCCUAUGUCUGUUGUUUAAUGUUGUUUAAAGAUGAACGAUAGGUGAUUCCGUGCUGUGAUUUAACAUCAGCCAAUGAACUGAUUUUACUGAUGCUUAGAAUAGUUUGUAAAUUCAUGAGUAUCCGAACCUCGUAUAAAUUGUAUUUAUAGAUAAAUAUAUAAUAAAAAA